AGGCAGGCAGAAGGACGGGAGGAAGGAAAGCGGGCCCUCUCCGGGGGACCCAUUCCUGCAGGUGGCCGUGGAGGGAAUGAGCUGCGGGCAUGGGACAAGCUCCUCUUGUGUAAAGAGAUAACAGGGAAGACCACAUUACAGGAUGAAAAAAUGGCAGUGUUGGUGCCCCCAGGACCCGACAGCUUCGCCUACUUCACCCAGCAGUCCCUUGCGGCGAUCGAGCAACGCAUUGCUGAAAACAAAGACAAAGAAUCCAAGGAAGAAAAGAAAGAUGACGACGAUGAGGAUGCCCCAAAGCCCAAUAGUGACUUGGAAGCUGGAAAACAGCUGCCGUUCAUUUAUGGCGACAUUCCUCCGGGAAUGGUAUCCACACCCCUGGAGGAUUUGGACCCAUUCUACUUGGAUAAAAAAACUUUCAUAGUAUUGAACAGAGGAAAAACAAUCUUCCGAUUCAGUGCCACGCCUGCCUUGUACAUUUUAAGUCCUUUCAAUCUUCUUAGAAAAAUAUCGAUUAAAAUUUUAGUACAUUCCUUAUUCAGCAUGCUCAUUAUGUGCACUAUCCUGACCAACUGUAUAUUUAUGACCCUGAGCAACCCUCCGGAGUGGGCAAAGAUUGUAGAGUAUACUUUCACUGGAAUAUAUACUUUUGAAUCACUUGUAAAGAUCCUUGCAAGAGGCUUCUGUAUAGGACCAUUUACUUUCCUCCGCGACCCGUGGAACUGGCUCGAUUUCACUGUUAUUUCAUUUGCGUAUUUAACAGAGUUUGUAAACCUAGGCAAUGUUUCAGCUCUUCGAACUUUCAGAGUCUUGAGAGCUUUGAAAACUAUUUCUGUAAUCCCAGGUCUAAAGACCAUCGUGGGGGCCCUUAUCCAGUCAGUGAAGAAGCUUUCCGAUGUAAUGAUCCUGACUGUGUUUUGUCUGAGUGUAUUUGCACUAAUAGGACUGCAGCUGUUCAUGGGUAACCUAAGGCAUAAAUGCUUGAAAUGGCCUCCAAGCAAUUCUACAUACUACAAUGAAACAAUGCAAAACUUAACUGGAAACCUGUUUAACAAGGAAGAGUACCUCAGUGAAAAAAAAAACUUCUAUUAUUUGGAGGGACAAAAGGAUGCUCUCCUCUGUGGUAACGGUACAGAUGCAGGGCAGUGCCCGGAAGGGUAUGUGUGUGUGAAAGCUGGAGUGAACCCUGAUUAUGGCUAUACCAGUUUUGAUACUUUCAGCUGGGCUUUCUUGGCCCUGUUUCGGUUGAUGACUCAGGACUAUUGGGAAAAUCUCUACCAGCAGACCCUACGUGCUGCUGGAAAAACAUACAUGAUAUUUUUUGUCCUGGUGAUCUUCUUGGGCUCUUUUUAUCUGAUAAACCUGAUCCUGGCUGUGGUCGCCAUGGCCUAUGAGGAGCAAAAUCAGGCCACAAUGGAAGAAGCAAAGCAGAAAGAGGAAGAAUUUAAACAGAUGUUGGAACAGCUUAAGAGGCAACAGGAAGAAGCUCAGGCUAUAGCAGCAGCAGCAGCGGAAUAUAGAAGUGCUGGUGGAGGCAGAGGAAUGGUACUUUCAGAAAGUUCUUCGGAAGCCUCCAGGCUCAGCUCUAAGAGUGCUAAGGAAAGGAGAAACCGGAGAAAGAAAAAAAACCAGAAGAAACAGUCUAGUGGAGAAGAAAAAGGGGAUGAUGAAAAAUUGCCUAAAUCUGAAUCGGAGGAGAGUAUCAGAAAAAAAGGUUCCCACCUUGGUGUAGAAGGCAGCAGGCAGGCACGUGAAAAGAGACUAUCUUCUCCCAACCAGUCUCCGCUCAGCAUCCGCGGCUCCUUGUUUUCUGCAAGACGUAGCAGCAGAACAAGUCUUUUUAGCUUCAGGGGCCGAGGCAAAGAUAUCGGAUCCGAGACUGAAUUUGCUGAUGACGAACACAGCAUUUUUGGAGACGGCGAGAGCCGAAGAGGCUCUCUGUUCGUGCCGCACAGACCCAGAGAGCGGCGUAGCAGUAAUUUGAGCCAGGCCAGUAGGUCUCUCCGGAUGCUGCCGGUACAUCCGGUGAACGGGAAGAUGCACAGCACUGUGGACUGCAAUGGGGUGGUCUCCCUAGUUGAUGGUCCUUCGGCCCUAAUGCUGCCUAAUGGACAGCUUCUGCCAGAGGUGAUAAUAGUUAAGGCAACUUCCGAUGACGAUGGCUUGACUACAGAAAUAGACAUGAGGAAAAGACGAUCCAGUUCCUAUCACAUUUCCAUGGAUAUGCUGGAUGAUCCCACUCUGAGACAAAGAGCAAUGAGUAUAGCCAGCAUAAUAACAAACACCAUGGAAGAACUUGAAGAGUCCAGACAGAAAUGCCCACCAUGCUGGUAUAGAUUUGCAAACACUUUCUUGAUCUGGGACUGCUCUCCACAUUGGUUAAAAUUCAAAGGCAUUGUCAAUUUAAUUGUAAUGGACCCAUUUGUUGAUCUCGCCAUCACCAUUUGCAUAGUUUUAAACACAUUAUUUAUGGCCAUGGAACAUCAUCCAAUGACUGAACACUUCAGGAAUGUGCUCACUGUGGGAAACUUGGUCUUUACUGGGAUAUUCACAGCAGAGAUGGUUUUCAAGCUAAUUGCCAUGGAUCCAUAUGAGUAUUUCCAAGUAGGCUGGAAUAUUUUUGACAGUGUUAUUGUGACUCUUAGCUUAGUGGAACUUUUUCUAUCAGAUGUGGAGGGAUUAUCAGUUCUCCGGUCUUUCAGAUUGCUUCGAGUUUUUAAAUUGGCAAAAUCUUGGCCCACAUUGAACAUGCUGAUAAAGAUCAUUGGCAACUCUGUGGGGGCUCUGGGAAACUUGACCUUGGUGCUGGCCAUCAUUGUCUUCAUCUUCGCCGUGGUCGGGAUGCAGCUCUUUGGGAAGAACUAUAUCGAGUGUGUCUGCAAGAUCAACGAAGACUGUGAGCUCCCACGCUGGCACAUGAAUGACUUUUUCCACUCUUUCCUGAUUGUGUUCCGUGUUCUGUGCGGAGAGUGGAUAGAGACCAUGUGGGACUGUAUGGAGGUUGCAGGUCAAGCCAUGUGCCUUAUCGUUUUCAUGAUGGUCAUGGUGAUUGGAAACUUAGUGGUAUUGAAUCUGUUUUUGGCCUUGCUGCUGAGCUCAUUUAGUUCUGACAACCUCUCUGCAGUUGAAGAGGAUAAUGAAGUAAACAACCUACAGCUUGCUGUGUCCAGGAUUGAUAAAGGAAUAAAGUAUAUGAAAAAAGUGAUUCAUGAAAUCAUUCAAAAAGCUGUUUUUAGGAAGCAAGAGACUACAAGUGAAAUCAAGUGCCUGGAAGACGUGAACAUCAAAAAAGACAACUAUAUAUCCAACCGAACCUUGGCUGAAAUUAGCAAAGACCAAGAUUUCCACAAGGAUAAGGAUAGAACCAGUGGCUUUGGUAGCAGUAUGGAAAAGUGCAUGAUGGAUGAAAGUGACUGUCACUCAUUUAUUCACAACCCUAGCCUCACAGUAACUGUUCCGAUUGCCCUCGUAGAAUCCGAUUUUGAAAAUGUAAAUACUGAAGAGUUUAGCAGUGAGUCAGAUGUUGGCGGGAGUAAAGAGAAACUGAAUGGAUCCAGCUCCUCUGAGGGUAGCACAGUUGAUAUUGCUUUCCCUGAAGAAGGACUAGAGGCAGAAGCUGAGCCUAAAGCAUCAGAUGAACCAGAGGCCUGUUUUACAGAUGGGUGUAUACGGAGAUUCCCAUGCUGCUAUGUCAACGUAGAAUCUGGGAAAGGAAAAAUCUGGUGGAACAUCAGGAAAACCUGUUACAGGAUAGUAGAACACAGCUGGUUUGAGACUUUCAUUGUUUUCAUGAUUCUGCUCAGCAGUGGAGCUCUGGCUUUUGAAGACAUAUACAUUGAACAGCAGAAGACUAUCAAGAUCGUAUUAGAAUAUGCAGACAAGAUCUUCACGUACAUUUUCAUCCUAGAAAUGCUUCUAAAAUGGGUGGCAUACGGUUAUAAAGCAUAUUUCACUAAUGCCUGGUGCUGGUUGGAUUUCCUCAUUGUCGAUGUCUCAUUGGUCAGUUUGGUGGCCAAUGCUCUGGGGUACUCAGAGCUUGGUCCCAUUAAAUCCCUUCGGACACUGAGAGCUUUAAGACCUCUGAGAGCUUUAUCCCGGUUUGAAGGAAUGAGGGUGGUGGUGAAUGCACUGGUGGGAGCUAUUCCUUCCAUCAUGAAUGUGCUUCUGGUGUGUCUCAUAUUCUGGCUAAUCUUCAGCAUCAUGGGGGUAAAUCUGUUUGCCGGCAAGUUCUUUGAAUGUGUCAACACCACAACUGGUGUGAGAUUUCCCACAUCAGAAGUCAUGAAUAUGUCUGACUGCGAGCGACUAAUUAAAGGAAAUCCAGGUGACGUGCGAUGGAAAAAUGUGAAAGUAAACUUUGAUAAUGUUGGAGCUGGAUACCUUUCUCUGCUUCAAGUAGCCACAUUUAAAGGAUGGAUGGAUAUUAUGUAUGCAGCUGUUGAUUCAGUCGAUAUAAACAAACAGCCCAAGUAUGAAGAAAACCUCUAUAUGUAUAUUUACUUUGUCAUCUUCAUCAUCUUUGGGGCAUUCUUCACCCUGAACCUAUUCAUUGGUGUCAUCAUAGAUAAUUUCAACCAACAGAAAAAGAAGUUUGGAGGUCAAGACAUCUUUAUGACGGAGGAACAGAAAAAAUACUACAACGCAAUGAAAAAACUGGGAUCUAAGAAACCACAAAAACCUAUACCUCGACCAGGGAACCAACUCCAAGGAUUUAUCUUUGAUCUGGUGACAAAACAAGCUUUUGACAUCACCAUCAUGGUGCUCAUCUGCCUGAACAUGGUAACCAUGAUGGUGGAAACCGAUGACCAGAGUGAAUACAUGACUGACAUUUUGUACUGGAUCAACGUGGUAUUCAUCAUUCUGUUCACGGGAGAAUGUGUGCUGAAGCUGAUCUCCCUCCGCCAUUAUUACUUCACCAUUGGCUGGAAUAUCUUUGACUUUGUGGUUGUCAUUCUCUCCAUCGUAGGCAUGUUUCUAGCCGAGCUGAUAGAAAAAUACUUCGUGUCCCCGACCCUAUUCCGAGUGAUCCGUCUGGCCAGGAUCGGCCGGAUCCUGCGGCUCAUUAAAGGAGCCAAGGGGAUCCGCACGCUGCUCUUUGCCCUGAUGAUGUCACUGCCUGCCUUGUUUAACAUCGGCCUCCUGCUCUUCCUGGUCAUGUUCAUCUACGCGAUCUUUGGCAUGUCCAACUUCGCGUAUGUUAAAAAAGAAGCGGGGAUCAAUGACAUGUUCAACUUCGAAACCUUCGGCAACAGCAUGAUCUGCCUGUUCCAAAUCACCACCUCCGCCGGAUGGGACGGUUUGCUCGCGCCAAUCCUGAACAGCGGAGAGCCAGACUGUGACCCAAAUAAAGCAAACCCCGGUAGCUCAGUUAAAGGAGACUGUGGCAACCCCUCUGUUGGGAUUUUCUAUUUUGUCAGUUACAUUAUCAUAUCGUUUCUGGUGGUGGUGAACAUGUACAUCGCCGUCAUCCUGGAGAACUUCAGUGUGGCCACCGAAGAGAGUGCCGAGCCCCUGAGCGAGGAUGACUUUGAGAUGUUCUAUGAGGUGUGGGAGAAGUUUGACCCUGACGCAACCCAGUUCAUAGAGUACAGUAAACUCUCUGACUUUGCCGCGUCUCUGGAUCCCCCACUUCUCAUAGCCAAACCGAACAAAGUCCAGCUCAUCGCUAUGGACCUGCCCAUGGUCAGCGGGGACCGAAUUCACUGCCUUGAUAUCUUAUUCGCUUUCACCAAACGUGUUUUGGGUGAAGGUGGGGAGAUGGACAAUCUUCGCUUACAGAUGGAAGAAAGAUUUAUGGCAGCCAAUCCUUCCAAAGUCUCUUAUGAGCCAAUUACAACUACACUGAAAAGAAAACAAGAAGAGGUAUCAGCUACCGUCAUUCAAAAUGCAUAUAAGCGUUACCGCUUAAGGCAAAAUGUUAAAACUGCGCCCAUUGUAUUGAACAAGGAUGGUGGCGUUGAUCCCUCUAUUAAAGAAGAUAGAUUUUUCGACAAGCCUAAUGAAAUUUCGAUAGCAGAUGUGACCCCCUCCACCACGUCCCCACCUCCCUAUGACAGUGUAACAAAGCCAGACAAGGAAAAGUAUGAAAAAGACAAAUCGGAAAAGGAAGACAAAGGGAAAGAUGCCCGAGAAGGUAAAAAGUAAAAAAGAAACACAGAAUUCCAUUUGGUGAACAAUUGUUUACAGCCUGUGACGGUGAUCCAUUUGUGUCAAUGGGACUCCUCCAAGAGGUCUAUGCCAAACUGACUGUUUUUACAAACCUACUUACAGGUCAGAGUCUAUAACGAGACAGUGACCCCACAUCAGUAAAUCGUUACUCUCUGAGAAAGGGAGCCAACUGUAUGCUCUACUGGCCGAAGAGGAGAGAUAAAUGGCAAAUCAGAACGCAGGGAGCAUUGAUUAAACAAUACAAAAAUCUAAAACUUUUCUGCUUAAAAUAAA